AUGGUUCGCAGCCAGGCACCCCAUGCCGCCUCAAUGGCUGGCGCUGCCGGUGUGAUCAACACUGCCUUCGCCGUCCCCAUGGUCAACCGAGCCACCUCGGGCGAUCCUUUUGCCAUUCUCGACAAGCAAGAAUGGGUCAACCCAGACAACAUGACCUGGUCCGACUGGAAGACACCCCCAAACACGAAUUGGGCCGAUCCCAAGCGCAAGGGUUCUAAGCGCAACUUCAACAUCGCCAUGGUUGCUGUUGACUACCCUGACCAGCCGUUCGUUUUGACCCUCCCAGCCAAGUCUGACAUCUUUGGCAACCCCCAACCUCUCGCUUCAGGACUGAAGCGCGAGGACGUACCGAACUGGUACCGUGAUUUUCUGAACAAGCCUUCAGAGAUUAACAAGGGCCAUACUCUGCACGAAUAUUGGAUGAGUGACUCUGCGGGUCAGUAUGGAGUUGACUUGACCGUUUUUGGAGCGUACCGUUUGCCUAGCAACUCCUACCAGUAUGGAAUUGACGAUGAGGAGGGCGGUUUCAAUCCGGGUGCUUGUCCUGAACCAGGUCCUUGCUCCGUGGAUCUCCGCACUGAUGCGCUGGGAGCGUGGCGCGCAGACGUGGGCAACGCAACUGCGGACCAGUUUGAGCUUGCGUUCAUUCUAUCUGCUGGCCAAGACGAGUCAUCUACAUGGCAGGAGUUUGGAGAGAUGAAGUUUGCGGGUCCAGAGGAUGUUCCCGAGGAGUUUGGUCCUCCUGGAAACAGCACCUUGCCUAAUUGGGCCAAGACCCGAUAUGUGAAUUGGACUUCAUGGGCGGCCGCCUCCACCAUCUGGCCCAACGCAGGCGGAGGUUCAUCCACCCAGGGCGAAAGCUCUGGCCUGGCCACCUUCGCUCACGAGCUUUCUCACUUGCUCGGCAUUGGUGACAACUACAACAAUCCGUACGGUGUACCUGCCCGCAGAGCCUACACUGGCCCCUGGUCCAUGCUUUCUCGUGGUAGCUUCAACGGACCUGGAGGACCUCACACCCGUUGGCAAAUCCCUCCAACCGCAGGUGGAUCCAUGGGGUCUCUCCACACCGUUAGAGAUAAGCACCAGAUCGGAUUGCUUCCUACGAGCAAUAUUCUACAGAUCGACCGUGCCGCACUCGCAGAUUCUGGUCUGGUGGUUGCCGAGAUCACCGCUCGUGCAGUAGAUCCUGGAGUGAACGGAAUAAUUGGCUUCAAUGUAUCCCUCCCGAAAGAUCUGUCUCCUGCCUGUGACACCAAGACCGAUCCGCUCUGCGACGGCGGUAACUACAACGCCUACAAUGUUGAAGUCAUCGACCGCAUGGGAGCCGAUUCUUUCUGCCCCGAUUCCGGCGUCAUGAUCAGCAAGAGCAAGAACAGCGACCGCCAGCAGCCCUUCCAAUGGACUAUUGAUGCCAACCCUCAGGACAUCAACGUCAUUGAUUUCUACCUUCCCAACGGAAAGCCGAAGUAUCUCACCAUUGGCGACUACCGCCAGCUUGCGGACGCUCUGUUCCACGCUGGCACACGUUCCGGCAGCAAGUUCGAGUUCGAAGACGAGGCCAACCGUCUGCACUUCUACAUCGUCGACAUCAACCGCAAUGACAAGGGCGAGCUCAGCUACACCAUCGGCGUCCGCUCCCUCGACGGCAACGGCAUCAGCAAGCGCGGCCUCAAGCUCGACAAGCCCGUCCUCGCGACCGAGGGCUACUCCACCAGCCCAGCAUCCGGCGUCCUCUACACCGUGGAACUCAAGAACAAGGGUAACUACAAGAAGAACAAGGACGCCAAGGCCCAGCAUGGCCAGGACCUCGAGAAGUACCUCGAGUACGACGUCUUCCGCGCCAAGGUCGAGAUCGACGGAAAGGGAUGGAAGGCCGAGGUUCCCAAUGCGCUGUCCACCGCGAAGAACGGCGAGAAGACCAGCGUGAAGAUUGCGGUCGCUGCGGGCGAGGGCGCGAGCAAGGAGGCGACUGUCAAGCUGACCGUUUCGUCUGAGUCUGAUCCUAGCAAGGUCGACACUAAGACUUGGAAGGUCAAGUUGUGAAUGAAGCAUGUGAGGAAUGAUGAUGAUAAUGAAUAGUAUAGCGGAUGGAUAGUACUAAAGUAAUACAAUAUAUGUAUCUUACUACACU